AUGAGGAUCAUUCUCGACCAGAAUCUAUACUACGCAGGGAUGAAACUCACCACGCCAACCUUUGCCACGACUUUGUCCAAUACAAUCCCUACCAUCACCUUCGUAUUGGCUAUUAUUUUCAGAAUCAAAAUAAUGGAUCAUUCAUCUCCACAACAUUCCACCACCACCACUCCCACCCCCACAACAACCACUCAACAAGAAAUAGAACUUCCUCCCUCCUCCACCACCACCACCACCCCCACCACAACAAACUCCCCACCACAUUCAUCACCACCCUUCUCUCAAGCAAUAACAGAGACAAAAGCCUUCACACAACAGUCGAUCAUCACAACAACAAACUCCCCGCCAACUUCCUCCUUUCAACAAACAACAUGGACUGAAAGAGAAAUUGUUUUAGCUCCAACUUCCUCACAUGAUGAUACCUCCUCUCAAGAAAUUGUUCCAGCUCCAACUUACUCACAUGAUGAUACCUCCUCUCAACAACAUUCAAUUCUUGAAAUUUAA